GUUUCUGCCGCCGCUUUUUCCCUGGAAAGUUUUGGGUGAAAAUCCCGGGGGACAGUUCGGGGGGGGGGGGGACCGGCCGUCCGAGCCCCGGUACCGACACCCCAGCGCGCCGACACUGAUCUACUAACAGGCCGCAAAGCCUGGGAUUUCCCCUCAGACCUGCCCCCGCCGACGCUCACUGGCUGAGUGAAGAGGGAAAGGCCGAGGCCUCGCGGCCCAGUGCCAUGGAGUCGCCCGAGAAAGUCGAUGUGAACCGGGCGAGCGCGGAGGAAUUGGAGACGACUUUGUUUGGAAUUGGGAGGAAGAGGGCGAGGGCCAUCGUCAGGAGGAGAGAGGAAUUGAAAGGAUUUUCAUCGCUGGAUGACCUCCUGCACAUCAAAGGCAUCACGGGCCAUCUUCUGGAGAGGAACUGUGAACUGCUGUUGUGCCACACCAGUAAACUGAGUACGGAGACCAGCAUGCAAGGGUUGUCCAGCAGCUCUGAUAGCAGCUUCUCUGAUGGUGCAGUGGAUGAGGAGAGUGGAGUUCAUGAUGGCUGGGAGGAAGGAGAGAAUGAAGAAAUGGAUGAGAGAGAAGAGGAAGAUUUGAGUGACACUGCAGAGGGUAUCGACGACGCAUGUGGGGAGUCGUAUUAUUAUUUUGUUGCAGACAAGAAGUGGAUUGACCUUGUUCAGGAAGCACAGGGUAGAGGCCUAGUCCAGCGUGUGAAACCCAAGAUGAAGCGAAAGUCAGAGAAUGGCCUUGAUGUGCGAGCGCUGUCACCGGGAAAGAAACUGUGCAAGGGGUCCGAAUACUCCAGCUCUCUAUCUCCCUGCAUAAAUACGGCCACAACAUUUGGAGAUCUACGGAAUGGCAACAUCCCAGGUCAGCAUCGGAGACGCAUUACGUCAGUGGCGCCACCGUCAGAUCUUCAGGAAUGGCUUGGCAUGUUCCAGAGGUGGAGUGGUCCUGAGAAACUCCUAGCAUUGGAUGAGCUCAUUGAUCGCUGUGAGACUUCUCAGAUCAAAUACAUGAUGCAGGUCAUUGAGCCUCAGUUUCAGCGGGACUUCAUCUCCCUCCUACCAAAAGAGCUGGCACUCUACGUCCUGUCAUUUCUGGAGCCACGGGACCUCCUGCGGGCGGCACAGACUUGUCGCUACUGGCGGAUCUUGGCUGAGGACAACCUGCUUUGGAGAGAGAAAUGCAGGGAAGAGGUGAUCGAGGAGCCCCUGUACCUUCGGCGGCGCAGGAUGCUCAGUACUGGUUUCAUGUACAGUCCGUGGAAAUCUGCCUUCAUGCGGCAGCACAAGAUCGACACAAACUGGCGCUCUGGAGAGAUCAAACCUGCAAAGGUGCUGAAAGGUCAUGAUGAUCAUGUCAUUACCUGCCUGCAGUUCUCAGGAAACCGCAUCUUGAGUGGAUCUGAUGACAACACACUCAAAGUGUGGUCUGCAAUAACAGGCGAGUGUGUGCAGACACUGGUCGGACACACAGGUGGAGUUUGGUCUUCACAGAUGAGGGGGAAUAUAGUCAUCAGCGGCUCGACAGACCGCACCCUAAAGGUUUGGAAUGCAGAAACGGGUGAAUGUAUUCACACGCUUUAUGGACACGCCUCCACCGUACGGUGCAUGCAUCUCCAUGGCAACAAGGUAGUGAGUGGGUCAAGAGAUGCUACUCUCAGAGUGUGGGACAUAGAUACAGGACGAUGUCUACAUACACUACUAGGACAUGUGGCUGCAGUCCGAUGUGUGCAGUACGAUGGGAAGAGGGUUGUGAGUGGUGCCUAUGAUUACACAGUAAAGGUGUGGGAUCCAGAAACUGAAACCUGUGUGCACACUCUUCAGGGGCAUACAAACAGAGUCUAUUCACUUCAGUAUGAUGGUGUCCACAUAGUCAGCGGCUCCCUAGAUACCUCGAUAAGAGUGUGGGAUGUGGAAAAUGGGAAUUGCCUGCAUACUUUAAUGGGACACCAGUCUCUCACCAGUGGAAUGGAGCUGAAGGAUAAUAUUUUGGUAUCUGGAAAUGCAGACUCCACAGUGAAAAUCUGGGACAUCAAAACGGGUCAAUGUUUGCAGACGUUACAAGGUCCAAACAAACAUCAGAGUGCCGUCACCUGUCUGCAGUUCAUCCAGAAGUUUGUAGUCACAAGCUCAGAUGAUGGGACAGUGAAACUAUGGGACCUUAAAACGGGCGAAUUCAUUCGUAACCUAGUGGCGCUGGAGAGUGGAGGCAGCGGUGGUGUCGUUUGGCGGCUCAGAGCGUCCAAAACAAAACUGAUUUGUGCGGUGGGCAGUCGGAAUGGGACAGAGGAAACAAAACUGCUGGUCCUGGAUUUUGACGUGGACAUGAAAUGAGACUGGUAUGGCGGAGAGGUGUGCAGCCACACACGUCUGAUCACUCACUGGGCCUAGCAGGGGGGACAAUCUGCGACCAGACUGUCCAUGCUGUCCAUUCCAAUUUGCCAAAGAAGACUUGACCUUACGGGGAAAAUGGGAGGGGGAUCUGCAGAGACCCCACCAGCAAUGAGGAGGCACCUCUCUGGAACAGGGAGGGAAGCUGCCUUUUCAAAACUGCCGCACUCGACGAGCUGAGAGCUAUUUGGGAAAGAUUUAAAGCACCUUAUAACUGAGCCAUCCCAGGGGCAUUUAUCUCUGCCGAUGACUAGACACUCGGAGACACUUUAAAAAGACUUGCCAAAAUUAUUAGUAACAAACUUGUACAUAAAAUAUCUGUAUAUUAUAUAAAAGCGUAUCUAUGUGGAUGAAUGAGAUGAAGCAUCCUUAACUACAUGUCUAUAUAUUGAAAUUGUGUAACAGGGGAAAACUAAUCUGUGUGUGUGAGAGAGAGUGUGAAAGGAUGGUGCUAAAUGGUAGUGUGCGUGUGCUAGUGUGUAAGGGUUUUCACUGUCAUGAGGCUACAAUGUUACCCCCCUUGUAUAUUGUAUAAAACUUAUGGGGUUUUUUGGGGGUUGAAACAACAGCGUUAAGCUGUAAAUGCUGAGCUUUUUUUUAAAAAAAAACAAUAAAAUGAUUGAAGUA